AUGGGAUGUAUAACAUCAAAAUUGAGUCAAAAAGCUGAGUCUGAGUCUAUCAAAUCACAAAGUUCUCAGAACGAAUUUUUAUACGCUGAUGGUAGAAGAUUUCAUAAUGUAAAUGAAGCCAUAUAUGUUCUACCAAAUGAUGAAGAAGAAUCAGAUAGAUUACACUUACAACAUUUUUUGAUAAGAUAUAUCUGGCAAAGCAAUUUUUCUGCCCCCAUCGAACAUAUUUUGUCUAAAUCGAGAUCCAAAAUUUUAGAUGUUGGGUGUGGCGCAGCGUCCUGGUCGUUUGAUAUGGCAACCACUUAUCCAUCGACUGAUAUUGUCGGAAUAGAUAUAUCACCACAUCAACCCACACAUAUAAAACCCAGUAAUUUUAAAUUCAUUAAAGCAAAUGUUCUAGAAAGAUUACCAUUCGAUGAUAAUACUUUUGAUUUUAUAUUUCAACGAUUCAUGGUUUCUGCAAUUCCAGAACAGAAAUGGCCAGAUGUAAUUAAUGAAUUGGUCAGAGUUUUAAAACCAGGUGGAUACUUAGAGUUAUGUGAAUUUUCUCGAAUGCUUGAUGUUGGACCUGCUGAGAAACGUUUAUGGUACACGAUGGCAAAAGCAUUGGAAAAGAAAGGCGUAGAUUGGGAUACAUACGAAAAGUUAGAAGGAUAUGCACAAAAUCAAGGUCAGUUAGAAAAUAUUAAAAAAGAAGUAAAACAAUGUUAUCACGGUAAAAGGUCAAAUAAUAUUGAACUUAGUAAAGUGGCUAUCAAUAAUAUGAAUUAUUUAUAUUUAUCUCUUAAACAUACUUUAACAAAUGUGGCAAAACUUUUUGAUGAAGAUGAAUAUGAUGAGUUGGUUGAAACUGUGAAAAAAGAGGAAUACGAGUAUGACAUGUAUUUCCAUAUGCUCAAAAAACCCAACCUGGUUCAAGAUAAAAAAGGCAAUACAUUAGCUGCAGAAUGGGGUACAACAGAUGUAGCAGGGAAGAAUUUUUGGAAAGGUGACACAGAAGAUAGUGUUUGUAGAGAAGGAGAUGUUGCUAAAAAGCCAUUAAAGAAAAA